CUCUCAACUUCCAAUGAACGACGGAGGCACAUCAUAUCGGUUGUCAGGCGCUUUUAGUACGAUACGCAUCAGGUAUGAAGCACUGAGUCGGUAAAUUAUUUGAUCUGUUACUUCCCUCUGCUCGGUUCGUUGCUAGACCCAUCCAGUCGAUUUUCCCUCGGUGAGAAAUUCUAUCGAGUUAUCAUUCGAAGACCAAAACCUUCUACUCCGAUGAAUUUGUCUUUCAAUGAUUUCAAUUUUAUUUUUCCGAUCUGCAACAAGUAUUCCUAUUUAUUUCGCUCCGGUCUUACUCUUCAAGAAGAUUCUUCUUGAAGACGAAGACCGGCCUGAGGGCUUUUUUUCCUAAACUAAAUUGACUUUGACACUACUGUCAAAACAGUCACGGCGCGGCUCGAAUGACACGACGCAGCUUAUCUCUACACCUUUGGAAAAGAUGAUGCCCCCGGUAUCUUUUUGAACAGUUGUUGAAACAACUUGCAUUCGGUCUGUUGCUGCUCAUCUAAAGCCAUGCCUCGUCGUGCUUGGAGCGGAUGCAUAAUGUUCCUACCUGAAUUCACUGCCCAUUUUACCCAAGUCACAUCGUAAUCUUUGCCAUCGUCACGGUAAUUGGCAUGUGGUCACAAUGGCACUCGCUGCACAAGGAGGUGAAAAACAAAAAGUCUCACCCGAGAAAACCCAUACCAUUCCAACAAAAACACCUCCUAAUGUCCCCGGCGGCGUCGCCAGUACUACAAAGCGCAAAGGCUCGACAAGUUCCACCUCCUCCUCCUCUGUUCCGACCCUCACCGCGGAUUCAACCAACACCGAGCGGCUGGAGGCGGCCACGAAGUUUUUCUACCGCACCAUUCGCCCGAGUAUCCGGGAAGCGCCGAACAUCAGCACGGAGGGGUUGUUGGACAAGAUUCAGACGAACACGCGGAGGCAAAAACUGAUUCUGGUGGACUGCCGAACUGGGGAGGAAAGGGCCGUGUCUUACUUGAGAGACAGUAUGUCGCUCCAGGAUUUCGAGCUGUGGACGCGGGAGCGCAAAAACGCCGCCCCUGACACGAGAAUCAGCAUCGAGGUGGUCUGCUAUUCGCUGAUAGGUAAGCGCAGCGGCGAGUAUGUCGCGAAACACCGGGAGCACUUACUCCGCACGGCGGGCCUUGCGGAAGUCUACAACUACGACCUGGGGUUGGUCGCUCUUAUGCAUUGCUACGCGGAGCGGGGACUGAAAAGCGGACUGGUGUUUGGAGAUCAAAAGGGGCGUGCUAGAGUUUCUAGUACAGAAAAUGAAAUUGGUGGAGCAACAGAAACCUACGACCCGAUUGAAGAAAAUGAAGACUGCGGCAAAAAUAUUGACCUCGAUUAUCUUCCGUCGCCAGAAGAAGACCGCGAGCACGAGCAGGACACGUUUCUGGAUUUGAAUAUUCCGCCACCGCUGCAGCUUGUCGUCGACAAAGAAGUGCAAGCCGCGCUGAAGUUGCAUGACAACAAGCCGGAAGAACACAGCGUAGAAGUGCAAGCCGAAGACGCGAUCGCCGCCCGGAGGUAUGAGCGCGACCGAAAAAAGAAAAAAGGUAGAGAUAUUGGCAAGGAAUUACAAACAGGCGACCGCACGAACGUUGGUGAUGGAGGGAAGGCACUUGGAAAUGAUGCAUCAUCAAAAAGUCCGAGACCAAGUACCCACACGCCAGCCAUGCGCAAUGACGUGAUGUCCUCCUCGGUGCAGAUAAUCACUAAACCAGCAAGGAUGUUGCAUGGAAACGAGGCCCAAUACCACGAGUUUUUUCCAAACGAAAUUCCCUAUGUUGCGAUCACUCUGAUUCCAGAAAUUCCAAGAAGCGACGAACAGAAGAUGAAGAAUAAACUGAGAGAAGUAGUUUCGAGAUUAUUCAAAUGCUGUGGAAAGGACCGAAUUGAGACUGACCCGGCAGACCCAGACCAAGUAUGCUGAUUGUCGCGAAUGGAUAAUAGCAUGGAGAUAGAACACUACUACACCAAAUGCAAAGAAAAAGUGGCUGUUGAGCUCUACUCUUACUUUCUAUACGGAUGCUCCAAUGCAAAUAAAAAGAAAAAGCAAAGCGCUUCUUUCUAACUAAUGAAGAAAUUGAAGAUCCACAUGCACAUACAUAUGAAUUCUCUGGGUUACACACAUCGGAACAAAAAGAAAUCACUUUUUGGAAAUGAUUUUAUCGUUUUGGAUUCUCAAUUUUUUACUAUUUUCAUGAAGAUUUUCACCACUAUCAAACAAACUUUCAUGAUUCAAACAUAGGCAUCGACUCUAUUUUGAUUUCAUCAUGAUCUGCUACGAAACAAAUCAAGAAUAUUUUUUCUUCUUUUAUCAUGUCAUUCAAGAAGUCAAAGAAUCCUAAUCAAAGAAUAUCGGAUAUCUGGAUGAUAGGAUAUUCAUUUUUCUUUUAGAUUUUGCCAGAAAUAAAUACCUUGGCUUUUCCAUAACAGAGAAAUUCAAUGAUAGGAGAAUCUCAAUCUUGGAAUUUCGACAAUCAAGAAACUCAAUUUCCAUAAUUUUUUUCGAUCGAUAAUCAAGAG